CUACCGGUGUCUUCCCAUUACUACCAGGUCGUUGGCGUUCUUUUCUUAAGCUGCAUCAUAUUUAUAUUUGCCUGUGUAUAUACCUCGUAGGGCUUAAUGCUUAAUAUUUGCUGCUAUCCAAUUCCAAUCUAAGAAUACCUAGUACAUCGUUGGAACAUUCAAUCCUGCUGGCUGUAUAAUCUUGAGCAACGCAGAAUGGGCGAUGACAUAGAAUCGGAUAUGCCGUCUCGCGGUGACCUCAAGCAAACUUCCAUAUCUGACACAACGACGGAUAUUGAAGACGAUGGGCAAAAUAGAUUGGAGUUUUAUGGCCAAUCAACAAAGGUUCCAUCGGCGAGAAAUGCACUCAACUUGUCAAGUCCAAUCAUUUAUCAUUAUCUAACAUUCGAAACACCAAUCCCUUCACCGACAAGCAACCUCUCAUCCACCAACUCUUCAGCAACAGGACCGCCGCGCCCAGACUUAAAGAAAUUUACUUCACCAUUCGACUGGGCAGAAAGCCGCAAAGAAUUCACAGUCUUCCUUUCUUGUGUAGCUACUAUGUUCACAGCCUUCACCGCCGGUGCAUAUUCUCCAGCUGUCAAGCAGAUGUCGGCACUUUGGCACGUAUCUGACGUUGCGAUUCUGGUUGGCAUCACAACGUUCUGUUUUGGUUUUGCUAUUGCUCCUAUGAUUCUAGCUCCCUUUUCUGAGUUGAAUGGACGAAAGCCAAUCUUCAUAGCUUCAGGCUUGCUAUUCUUUAUCACCCAGCUGUGCUGUGCGGUGACUCAAUCCUAUCCGGGCAUGCUCGUUGCCAGAUUCUUUGUUGGCUGUGGAAGUUCGGUGUUUUCAACAAUGGUUGGUGGGGUCAUCAGCGACAUUCAUCAUAAGGAGGGUCGAAACACAUCUAUGGUAGUUAUAAGGAUUUAGAGACUCGCCAGGAUGUCUGUGACUAACCUGACUUUAGGCCUUAUUUUCCGGUUCAGCACUUUUCGGUACUGGCUUAGGGCCAUUGGUGAGCAGCUUUAUUGCGCAAAACACAUCCUGGCGAUGGGUAUUUUGGAUUCAAGUUAUCACAAAUGGACUCCUGCUUGUUGUGUGUAUUCUUUUUUGGAAAAUGAAACCCCUCAGUUCCAAGCUCAACUGAAGAAGAUACUAAUUCAUAUUGCAUGUAGGCCAUAACACUCUUUUUCCCAGAAACGAGAGGUAGCAUACUUUUGAGUAGGAGAGCACAGUGUUUGAACAAAUGGUACGAAGAUCGAGAACAGGCAGGCUUUUUUGGCAUUGACAUGCGGAUGUCGACGGCAGACGAGAAAUUUGAGUCGCAGCGAAUCAGAUGGAAGGUUAAGGCCGAUGAAGAACGAGAAUCGCUCUCCCAGAUGGUUAAAAUUUCUGUAUACCGCCCAUUCCAUCUUCUGUUCACAGAGUCGGUGGUAUUUUUCUUUAGUCUAUGGGUUGCCUUUGCUUGGGCGGUGCUCUAUUUGACUUUGUAAGUGAUUUUCUAUUCCAUGAUUUGGAAGCUUUGUUUCUUAAAUGUGCUAAUAUACGGCUUUCCUAGUGGUUCCAUCCCUUUGGUAUUUGAGACUUCACAUGGCUUUAGUCUUCAGCAAUCGGGUGCAGUAUUUGCUGCCCUAUCAAUUGCAGCUAUGAUAUCCACUUUUGUUUCUAUCUAUCAAGACCGAUGGCUCGCGAAAUAUCUCGAGUGGUCGUCCAGGAACGGAAAGAAUCCUGGUAUAAUUCGAAGAAAUGUUGAUCUCUCGUCCCCCGAAGCAAGAUUGUACUUCGCUUGUUUCCAAUCGGCUUUGCUGCCUAUCGGUCUUUUCUGGUUCGGCGUAAGUAGCAUGCCUUUCCCUGCGGUUGUUUUUGAGGAACAAUUUGAUUGACUAUCGUUUUAGUGGACGCAAUUCUCUUCGAUCCCUUGGAUAGUUCCAACUCUUGCUAUUGGUUGCGCGACAAUGGGCGUUUAUUCUAUUUAUCUCGCAACGUUCAAUUACCUUGCAGACACUUAUCAUAGAUAUGCGUCAUCUGCUCUUGCUGCUCAGAGUUUCUGCCGUAAUGUUUUGGCCGGGAUAUUCCCUCUCCUUACUACUAGCAUGUUCAACAACCUCACGUUCCAGGGAGCAGCAUCUUUGCUUGGUGGUAUCGGAGCGUUGUUGACCAUAGUACCUUGGGUGCUGACUCUGUACGGACCGAGAAUUCGCUUGAGAAGCAAGUUCGCAAGCGAAAUCAUGUAACAUUGCUCAAUAGGAGAGAAGCAAUGCUGUUGUAUAUUGGAACCCGUCAUCCCCCAAAAGCUUUGAAAUUUUGUCUGUUAUUCGAGAGAUGCUAUGUAGCAUGCAUGACUUAUGAUUCACGACCUUGGCCAAAGAGCCACAAAUCCAUGGGUUAAUUGGAGACCCAGCCACAACAGGGAAGGCUUUAAAGUCACUGGAUGAUAUGGAGAUAGAAACGUAAGUUGUUGGUUGAACGAUAAAGGAAUUAAUCCUGCGAGAAAGAGAUGGAAUGAGGAGCGGGACAAAUGUUAAUAGAAGGGCACUGAUAUAGACUGUAGAUAGCAAAGGGUUAAUAGAUAAUACUUGUAAAUACCUUAUGAAAAUGAUUCCAAGCAUCAAUG